ACAAAUAUUGGAGAUGUCCAUUUCCAAAGUCUUGGAAUAUCCAUCUAUUCUUAUGGUUUUCUUCUCCUUGAUUUUAAAAUCAUUUAUAUGACCAUUUCAAAUAAAUUCAAUUUUGAAACCUUAUAACCUGAAUCAAAUUAAAAAUCAAAAUCAUAUUUUCCAUCGAAUCGAAAGUUUCGAGCACCCUUUUAAAUCUAUUUCUUGAUUGAUUUUAGAAGAAUCAAAAUUUUAAAAAAAAGAUGGCAUGUUUUAUACCUUUUAACAAUAGGAAUUUAGAUGUAAGUUUUUUUGUGUUCAAGCCAACUGUAGUGUUAGUUGAUGAGGUUGUUGAGUCUCUUAAGCUGUUUUCUGUUAGCACUCAGAGUCUUGGUUGUGUUCAGACUUCUAUUUUCAAGAGCAUCCAUGGAAAUAUGAUUAUAUGGUAUGGAGCAUGGAUGAAGAAAUCUAGUGAAAACAAAGAUUUGUUGACUGCUGCCCUUUUAUCAAUGUUAACAAGCGUAUCAAGCAUGGCGAUUCUAACCGAACACGGAUUCUUCGAUGCAUACGCCGGAGAAUCAAGAGACGGCUCAAUGUCCGCAAAAUUUUCAACAGGAGAUACAAUCUCAAUGAACAUAAUAACAGCAAAAUCUAGCAACAACUUAGAUGACAUUUCUUAUGCAAAUUUAGCACUUUUUAAAUCAAGAUUCAUGAAGAUGGAAGGUGCACUUUCUGGAGUUUGCUUGAAUUGCCAAACCAUGCCAACAUUAGCAUGUUUCUAUGUCUGGAAAUCUCUCCAAUUUUGCUAUUCAUGGAUUAUAAAUUCUGACCAUCGGAGGACAAUGCUACCAUAUCUUGAGCGUUUUGAUCUUGAUGUUAAGUAUGAUAUUUUUAGGGUUGUUUUUGUUAGUUGUGAUAGUUUAUUACUAAGUUGUCAACAUCUUGAUUGUAAUGAUCAGAUGUUACAAAAUGGAGAGAAAGAACAGGCAAUUAUUCAAGAUUGAGACAACAUGUAUACAUGAUUGUUUUGUAUACAAAGUAUACCUAAUGUAAACAGAUAUUAUUUAAUCA